AUUUAUGUUUUCAUCCAUUAUUGAUAAGUUCUUUGAUUGCGUCAUGUAAACGUAUAGAUUUAUAGCGUAGUCACGACCAUUACUAAAAUCUGUUGAAUUUCCUUCAUACAGAUUGUAUUUUACCUAUCUUUGUUCAUAAAUUUGGAAAUCAUCGCUCAAAAUAAAUGGGGUGUCCAUAAAGAGUGGCAGGAUGGAUGGUGAAACUUUCAGCCUCCGAUGGGAGGAAGAGAGGAGUCCAUCGGGGGUGGUGGCUUGUGAGGAGGUCAUAUACAACACCCAGUCCAUCUCAUAUUCUAACAUAACACCAGAGACAAUAAUCCCGGACAUGGACCAGACGGCAGCGGAGAACCUGAUGUACCUCUCGCAGGAUGUGGUGAGCUACACGGACCCCGGCGUGCUGGACGACGCCGGGGUGGAGUGUGUGACUGAAGAGGUGAUCACUGAUGACUGGGUCGUGCCUGGCGGGCAGGAGAGAGUGGAAGUCCCUCUGGAGCAGCUCACGCAGCCCUCACUGCUGGAGCUGAAGGAGGAAAAUGACAUCGACGUGCCGCUGCCCACUGAUCAAGACGAGUACACCGCCAUGCGUCCCUGGCCGUGCGACUUCUGCUCCCGCCGCUUCCGCAAGAAGGCGGCCCUCAUGAACCACAUGGUGGCUCACCAGAGCGACCGGCCGCACGCCUGCAACUUGUGCGGCGUCAGAUAUGUCAGGAAGACUGAUCUGAUCAAUCAUCUGAAGGUGCAUGCGUUUGUGCCGGAGAAUGAAGAUGAGAUGGAUUAUGACCAUGUAAUGGAGAACCACACUCUGCCAAAGCCCAAAAAGAAGCGCGGACGACGGAAAAAAAUACCUGAACCACCGAAGGAGGAAGAGAACGAAGAGCUCUGGGAGAACAUGACCUCCGCCCGCACACAGCAGUGGUCGCGCAAGCGCCCGCCCGCGCCGCUGCCGCCGUCGCCGCCGUCGCCGCCGCCGCCGCCCUCCCCCGCGCCCCCCGCCGACCCCGCGCGCCCCUUCGAGUGUAAACACUGCGGGAUUGGAUUCGCGAGGGAGAAGGCUCUGCAGUCGCACUCUAGGGUCCACGGCGGCGACUCUCCCAUAGAGUGUUCUUCAUGCGGCGAGCUGUGCUGGUCCCGCGAGGCGCUGCACUCACACAUGCGCAGGCGCCACCCCGCCGCCGAACCCAUCCCCUCCGAAGACUCGGCAGACAGCGACGACGCAGAGUUCCGCCUGUCCCCGGCGGCGGAGUCCCGGGUUCAGUGCCCGCGCGGGCCCGAGCUGUUCUGCCAGCACUGCGGGGUCGCCUUCCAGCGCGCCGACCUGCUGCGGAGACAUGUUCAUGCUGCCCACAGCUACCGCCGCCACGACAGCGAGAUGACCGAGGAGCACACGUGCGACGUCUGCGGAGACACGUGCAGCGACGCACUGUCGCUCCUAGCGCACGCCGAGAGCCACGCCGCGCCCGCCGCGCCACACCGGACAAAGUCAAGAAACAAGAGUCGAAAUACGAUAUCAAACAACGGAAGACAGUUCCCGUGUAAAGAAUGCGGCAAGGUGUUCGGGUCGCGCUCGUCGCAGCAGAUCCACGUGCGCAUCCACACGGGCGAGCGGCCCUACGCCUGCCGCUUCUGCUGGAAGGCCUUCGCCGACGGCGGCACGCUGCGCAAGCACGAGCGCAUCCACACCGGCGAGAAGCCAUACGCGUGUGCUGUGUGCCCGCGCGCGUUCAACCAGCGCGUGGUGCUGCGCGAGCACGUGCGCAGCCACCACUCCGCGCCCGCGCGCCGCGCCGCCGGCGGGCCCACCUACCUAUGUGUCGUCUGCGGGCGCGCGCUGCCGUCCAGCGCCGAGCUGGUGCAGCAUCUCAUACAGCACUGCGACGCCAAUACCGCGCUCAAGAGGCAGCCGCAGUCCGGCCCUCGCAAGUACAAGCGGCGGAGAAAGCUCAAGGAGACCGCCAAACGCUCCUCUUCACCAUCACCCUCCCCGUCCCCGCCGCCGCCGCCGCCGCGCCGCCGCCGCCGCAGCCCGCCGCCCCGGCCACGGAUGAUACAUACGACGGUCGAGGAUGUCAGGCCGAGGACUAAGCAAGUGCGGGGCCGCAACCGCCGCCCCCCGCGCCACCCGGCCGACGACCUGCGCGCCAUCAGACCGCACCUGACGCCGCCCUCGCCUCAGCCAUCACCUGAACCUUCGCCUGAGCCUUCGCCCGAGCCUUCGCCCGUGCCCUCGCCUGAGCAAUCGCCCGAGCAUUCGCCGGAGCGGUCGCCGUCGCCCGACCUGGUGCAGGCGAAGCAAGAGCCGCAGGACGCUGAUGAGAGUGAAGAAUGGCCCGGCGGCGGCUUCCGCUGCGAAAUGUGCGCGCUUUCGUUCCCGCGGCGCGACGAGUUGCUACUACACGUGCCGGUGCACAUCUGACCGCGGGGGCGCACCGGCCGCCUCGUCGCCCGACUGCGGCGGAGGCUGCACCGCUAGUGACGAGAGAAAUGAUUGUAGCUAAUAAGUGAGGGCAGGUUUCAGCUGUAGCCGUCUUUAAAAACACUUCUAUUUGGUUGGUCUUGCUUGUGGUAAUACACUAUUUCGCGGGAGCGCCCCGCCCGGCUGCGGCGGAGGCUGCACCGCUAGUGACAGGAAUAAUGAAGUAGCUAAUAAGUGAGGGCGAUUUUGGUAUAAAUUUGCAGGUUGCAGCUGUAGCUGUCUUUAAAUGCACUUCUGUUUGAUUGGUCUUAUAGAACACGCGUUUUAUCAGUGUUUUUAACUUGUUUGUGGCAGUAUUUCUACAAAAUCACUCUCAAUGGAGCUAGGAAAUUGUUUGUGGCUAGACAAAAUGCUCCAAGAAUCUUGGCCUGUGGUCUUUGUAUAUCCAUCUCCUAAAUCCUACUAGUUGCUGCUGCACGUGCCGGUGCACAUCUGACGGCGCCCCGCCCGCCUCGGCGCCCGAAUGCGGUGGAGGCUGCACCGCUUCGCUAGUGAACGCAGAAGGCAGGAAUAAUGAUGUAGCUAAUAAGUGAGGGCGAUUACGGUAUGAAUUUUAGGUUUCUGAAUGCUCUUGCCACAGUUGUAGUAGUUUGAAGAGAGUAAACUUGUGGUAAUACAGUAUUUCUACAGAUUUUUUCUAAAUGUUGCUACGAAAUUGUUAGUAGCUUCACAAAAUCGUUGCCGUUGCCCCGAUAACCUUGGUCUUGGUCUUUGUUAUUGUCUCCUAAUAUCCUACUUGUCUAUAUGUGCUCAUUCCCAAACUUUUAUUCGGUUCGUCUUGCCACACGUAAAACAGAUUUUUAAGAGUGUUUUAAACUUUCAUACAGUAUUUCUGCAGAUUUCCGAAUGUGGCCACGAAAUCACGAGUUUUUUUUGGCUACAAAAUCAUAAUUCUUGUUUUGAUGGCAGGGGCAAUCGUUUGUUCUGUUGUUAUUGUGAACUAUUGUCCCGUAGAUAUGCUUUGAGUAUCCUUUUACUCAUUAGUGACAGGGAGGGUGUAGGAUGUAAAUGCAUUUUGAUUGGUCAAAUAAUGGUGAAACGGAAAAGGACUGAAGAUGUGUUCACUAAUGUAGGUUUGCAACAAGGUAUGGGCACAAAUUGUUGGCAAAACCGACAGAUUGCCAUAAACUAAAGUUGAACAAGGUAUGGGUAUUUGUGUACGGCUAUGAACGAGUCGCCAGUAUGAAUACCAAAGUGUAGUUAAUGUUAACAUGAUUUCUGAUCUUGCACAUCCCCCAAUUUCUGACGCAUGAUACAGUGCAAUAGUUGUAUUAUCUGGUGUUGUCCUAUAGUAGAAAUAGUUAACUUUGGCGAUGAAUAGCAGAUCAAUUUAAAGAAUUAAUGGAUGUCUAUAAAUAUAUUUUUUAAAUUUUUAGUAGGUUGUCUUACUAACAAGUGAGUAGGUAUAAUGUUUUGAGCCUUGCUCAAAACGUACGAUGUAAUUUGUCUUAAAUAAUUACAUUCAAAAAGAAAAGACAAAUGAAACCAUUAUUAUAGAUAUUAUGUACAUACUUUAUGUGG